CAAUAGCGACGGCAAGGGGAUAGGCGCCUUGUCGGUCGAGCGCACAUCUCAAAUCAGCCAGUAUUGCGCGGGGUGCGCGUGUAGUUUGUGAUAUAUUAAAGGUGAUUCUAUUUGUCACUAACGAGACUACACCGGCGGCAUAAUGUCAAAUCGAGCAUGGGUUACUCUGGCUACGAACGAUUCCUAUGGGCUGGGAGCCCUGGUGUUGGCACACUCGCUACGUCGCGCCGGCUCAGCCUACCCCGCCGUCGUCCUCAUCACACCCUCCGUCACUGACACCAUGAGGGAACGGCUGAGUGCGGUGUUCGAGGAGGUGGUGGUUGUGGACGUACUGGACUCCGGUGACGCAACGCACCUCGCGCUUCUGCAGCGCCCAGAGCUCGGCAUCACCUUCACCAAGAUACACUGUUGGAAUCUCACCCAGUAUGAGAAGUGUGUCUUCCUAGACGCCGAUACUUUGGUGGUCCAGAACUGUGAUGAGUUAUUCGAGCGCGAAGAACUGUCGGCGGCGCCGGACGUCGGCUGGCCCGACUGCUUCAAUUCCGGCGUCUUCGUGUACCGGCCCUCCGCGGAAACGUUCGCUAGCCUGGUUACAUUCGCACAGGAACGCGGCAGCUUCGACGGCGGCGACCAAGGGCUUCUGAAUUCUUACUUUUCCGACUGGGCGCACGGCGACAUCAACAAGCAUCUGCCCUUCCUAUACAAUGUUACCUCCGCGGCUUUCUACUCAUACUUGCCCGCACUCAAACACUAUGGACAAAACCUUAAAAUAAUUCAUUUCAUCGGUGCGGCCAAGCCAUGGCUGCAGCAGUUCAACUGGCAGUCGCGCAGUGUGGACGCGCCCGACCACUUGCGGGAACUCCUGCAACUUUGGUGGGACUUGUUCGUCUCACAAGUACACCCACUGCUCGAUACUACAAUGGUUGAGGUUGAAGACGUCCCUACGACUUUAGUGCUGCCGGAAGAAAGCAUCUUCAGUGAACCAAGAUCUGAUUAUACAUACUAUAAACCUACAAUGAACCCGGAAUCUGAAUUUUAUUGGCACCGACCAGAGGCUCAUAUACCGGAUCCUGAAUUAAUAGUACCUCAAAUAGACAUGACUCAGUUUCAUGAUCCGUGGGACAUUUACCAAGGCCAUAUUCGAGAACCAAUAGAUGAGAUAAAAAGCAAUCACUCAUAUCAGCAGGAAGAAGAGAUUAUAAGACAUGUUUGGUCACAACCAUCAAUGCGACAAUUUCAAAAUAACACGGAACCACAUCACAUACAAAUACAUGAAACGAGAUACCAUGAGAUGCAUCACGACCAAUCACAUGAUUAUGGAAUACGUAGCCAGGAAACAUCUGCCAUUGAAUUGCAUAACAAUGAACCACAUCACUGCGAAAGCCAUCUCAGUGAACAACAAAACAGGGAAAUCAUUCAAAACAUAACAUAUCACAGUGGACACCAUUAUACACCACACGUAGAUACAUGGCACUCAGCACCAAAUACAGAAAUACAUAAUGAAGACAACACAACACAACAUUCAUGGCCACAAUCGUUUACUACAGAAUAUUCUAAUCACCAUAAUUGUAACGAAAGUGAACAUGAUGCUCACCAAAAUGAACCCCAUAUGUAUGAUAAACAAAUGGAAUCACAUUCCGAUUUUAGCUACAACCCACAAAGUCUUAGUCAUUCUGUCGAUACAAAUUAUCCUAACGCCCCAACUGACUUUUACAAACAAAGUAAUCAAGAAUACUGUAAUUCGCAGAGUUCCCAAUCUCAAUCCACCUUUCAGCAAGAAAAACCCCCCUCAUACGAUCAAAAUUCACCGUCUUUGGGAUAUCAUAGUAUGCAUCAGCACGAAUAUUCUCAGUCCCAACAAGAUGAAAAUGAAAAAGAGUUUUGUAAUCAACAAGAAUGUCACGAUUCACACUCUUACACUAGCGAUCAACAUUCACAUUUUAAGGAUAGUCCUGAAUCUCAAAAUAUUAAAAAUCACUUGUCACAUAAACAUGAGCAAUUAGACCAGUUUACUCAUCUUUUACGAAAAAGAGUAGAAUAUGCGUAUUACGUACACUUGGAUCAUGAGAAAGAACGAAAUCGUCAAAGAGAAAAAUUAAAAGAACUGGCAUCAGAGAAAGUAACUAAUGGGCACGGAUCAGAAUCUGAGAUAGAUGAAUUGGAAGAUUUUAUCAUUCCACGUCAUCCGUAUGAUGGGUUUUAUUUACGGCAUAGAAUGACAAUAGACUCACGUGGCCGCAAGAUAUGCACACAUGAAAUUCCUCCGACACCAUCGCCCUCGCCCUCCAUCUCACCUCCCGAAAGUCCGGUUUAUUUUGAUGCGGAAUCCGAAUUCUUGUCGCUGGAGGACACUAAUGUAGAUAGCGAUGAUCGAGUGCAUAGCGGUGUGGCGGGAAAUCUAGCGCGCGUGUCUCCUGGUGAAGUUGGAACACAACGGGAAGCACUCGAUGAAUUGACUCGUCGCCAAGGAUGGGAAGCAGGCAAUAUUGAUUACAUGGGUGCCGAUUCUUUUGCCAAUAUUUGGGCUAAGAUUUCCCAAACACUUAGUCAGCCUCCGGCAUCAGCACCGAAAGAGCCCACCCCACCUCCAGUUGUGCCGCAAGUUGAAGCCACAGAAGUAUCGCAACCUGAGGUUCCUCCAGUGGAAGAACCCAAGGCCGAGCUCCUUGUGGAAUCGAAACAAUUGAAAGAAAUUCCUUUAAAUGAAAAAGAAACAGAGCCUGUUCAAUCUUCUGACACCGCACCUUUAGCAACUGAUGAAUCAUUGUCAGCUGUUAAGACUGUGCCAGAAGAAUCUGCAGAAUCUAGCCCUCAAAACCUAGAACCUAUUCCUCAAGAAGCAGAACCUAGUCCUGUAGAAGCUGUUGAGGCUCAGAUUGCUAAGGAAACAGCUCCUAUAGCAGAAGCUGCAAUUCCUGAGGCAGCUGCUUCCGAAAAAGCUAAUAUACCAGUUGAAAUUGCCGACAUUCCUGUUAAAUCAUCAGUUCCUGAAACCCCGGAGAUACCUGUUCCGGUAGUGGAAGCCGUAUUAGCGGAGAAAGAGACACCCACUGAGGGAAAUGUCAAAAUAGAUGAAAUUCCCGCCCCUGUUUUAGAAGUUAGCUCAGUUGAAAUUGCUAAAUUAGAGUCUGAACCAUUAGCAGCUGAAGAACCUGCGAAAGCACAAAAAACUGAGGAAAAAGUAGCAGAUGUAGAAACUAAAGUUCCUGCGGAGGCCCCUGCUGAAGCACUUCCUACUGAGACGCCUGCGGCAAUUCCUGAGACACCUGCUGCUACCGAAGCUCCGUCCACUCCUACAGUGACUGAGGCUGUUCCACCGAAACCAGUAGAUAUCCCACUGACAGGUGCCACUGAUAGCCCUCCUCUAGCCAACACGCCUUCUAAGGAAGAUGUUACAGCUGAACCGGCUGCUAAAUCGGAGGCGCGACGCAAACCGGCGGGUAAGCUGCGCCUGCACCCGCCCGCCGUCGCAGACCCCCUGCCCACCCCCGACAGCGAGCUCGAAGACGCCGACACGCUCGCGCAAUCCAUCAUUGCCAGCGAGUUGCGCACGCCCACAGUCACCUCGCCCUCCCCGGCCCUGCGCAGCCCCGCCUCGCCACCACCACCCAAACAGGAGAAACGACUUUCCGCUGAUGAAACACAGUUGCCUACCCCGCCCGUGGGCGCCGUAUCUCUCUCACAGAUAGGAGUUAAACCUGCAAAAGAGAAGCCCACAACCGCAGCCCAAAUAGAGUCCUCGCUAGCAGACAAACCGGCGCCCACGUCGCCUGCGUCGCCCACUGAACCAAAGGUACCAGCGGAAGCGCCCAAAAAGAAAGUCGUGAAGAAGGUGGUGAAGAAGGAGAGCGCGGCGAGCGGCGACGCGCCCGUGCCCCCGCCGCGAAAGAAAGAAAAGAAACCCAAAGAGAAAUAAGCUCCCGACAGUUCCUUUGUGCCAUAUGUGUAGCCUCUCCUAUAAUGUUAAAACGUGUAUUUAAUUUUCGAAUAUGCUUUUAAGUGCCGUAACAAUUAUGUUUUAGAAUUUAGUUUUUAUCAUUUACUAUUAUAACGCGUCCAUUAUUAUAUCUUUUUUUGUCAUAAUCAAUUUUUGUACUGAUGAAUAUAAUUUUUUUUUUAU